UAGCCUUCUCGAAACUCGGUUUGCUCCAGCGGUUGAAAUUCGUCGAGUCUUCCAACUUGUAAACAUAGCUCAGGAGUGGAAUGAGCCUGUAGUUCUAUAGAAGCGUUUCAACCUUUCUUGAAAAACAAAAACCCUCAACUCCCACUCCAUGCCUCCGGUGUAGAACCUUGAGGAACCGGUGUAGAAUGAAAUGGAAGUUGGAAUUAGUUAUUUUUUACCUCUCACAAUAAUUUAUUUUCUGGGAAAAGUAUUGUUAAAAAAAAAAAUGAAUUAUUGCACGAAAACAACCUCGACAACCUGUCACUCGACAUUUCAAUUCAAGUUCAACUUUCAACUUUUCAACCUGUGAUGUCAACUUUAAAGUUUAAAAAUAACAUCGAAAUCGAUGUAUUUUUUUUGUGCUCUAUACUAUUGGUAUAUUCGGAGAAAAAAUCUUAAUAAUUUAGUUCCAGUACUUGAAGGCUCAUGAAAAUGUCAAUUAAUAGGAAGUAUUAGGAAGUGUGCAGUGCCAGUGUGUGGAAGUACGUCAUUUAAAUAUCCUGACAAAUUAUUUAGAUUUUCAGUCGUCUAUCAUGAAGAUAAGGUGACACCAGGUUGCCCUGAAUUAACCAACAAAUUAGUUCAAGUCAUUUCAACAAGUAAGGUUAGAAGCAAAGCUGCCUGCCUGCCGCUAAAUUAAAAGAUAAAAAUAAACUGUAAACAUGUCUGACGAAAUUGACAUAGAAGAGCAUGAUCUGAUGGAUAAUCCAACCAUAAAACAGAUUUUUCCUGAUUUGUCUGUUAUAAAACAGGAACUCAAUGAAUACUUUUUUGAAGAUAUUGUACAGGAUGUUAAACUUGAACAAGCAACUGCUGUGACUGAAUGUUUGAGUUCUUCAAAACUUUCUUACAAAUGUGAAGAGAUUGAAAAAUGCAAUGAGGAAAUUAUUGAUAAUAAGUCAAAUAUUAUAAAAGAUACAGAGCCUCUAAAAGACUCAAAAAAAUUACAUAGAAAUGUUAUAAUACUAGGGUCAAAGCCUAAUAAGGAUUGUGAAGCAAACAAAAGAAAACAUCAAAAAGCAGAGCCUCAGUUGAAACUAGAAAGAGUUGACUCUUUUUUGAAACAGAGCAGAAGGUACUGUCAUCGAUGCUUUAUUCUGUUCCCAAAAGUCAAUAUUUACAGUCUCCAUAAUAUUAAUACACAUAAUAAGAGAAGAAAGGUUUAUAAAUUACAUGCAAAACACAAGUGUACUAAAUGCAAUGAGAUAUUAUCUUCUAGAUCCAACUUAAUGAGGCAUAAAAGAAAUGUGCAUAAUAAUAUUCAAAAUAAUCAUACUUCAAAACCAAAAACCACAACUACAGAAGCUGAAAUUCAAUCAAAUAAAGGAAACCAAUGUUUCCAUUGUCAAAAAUUGUUUCCAACCCCAAAUUCAUUAAUUGAACAUCUGUAUGAAGUUUUAGCACCAAAAAACACAGAAACUCCCAAGGGGAGUUUAGAAGAUAAGGAGGAACAUGCCAAUUUAUGUAAUAUUGAGCUAACAAGCAAAAUCAAUAAGCUUGUUUCAAAUUCAGUAGAAAAAGAUAUUGAUAAUCAAUUAAAAAAAAACAAAACUGUCACACACCAACCUCUUACUGAUGGGAUAAAGCAUGAAAAUGAAAAAUCAAAACUUUCAGUUAAGUGUGACAAAUGUAUGGAAUCUUUUUUUUCCAGAAACGAAUUACGAUAUCAUAAAAUGAAAAACCACAAGAAAACAAAAAAGAAAAUAGCUAUCAAAAUCAAAAGGGUACAAAAAACAAAUUCAAAUAGUACAAACAAAUCGGGAAAUUUGUUGUACAGUUGCCAAUUUUGUUCAAAAUAUAAUUUUAGCAUGAAAUUUUAUUCUCUUCAUAUUUUAUCAGACCAUAAGGCUCAAGUCGAACCCAGAACAGCAAAAAUGGUACGAUUUAAACCACAAUGCAUUUACUGUCCAUCAAAAAUGUCAAAUAUGAAGUCUUAUAAUACUCAUUUAUGUAAGUAUCACAUAAACAAAGUAAAAAGGCGCAUUAAUACUUCAGACAACCAAGAAAACUCUGAACGAAAAAGUGGACUGAGAUCUGUGUUGUUCCAGUGUUUGGAAUGUAACACAUAUUUUUUGUCAGCUCUGGAAGCAAUGAGCCAUUCCAUGCACUCACAAUCAUUAAAUGAUUGGCAGUGUGAAGACUGUGACAACAAGUUCAAAAAUGAAGAUAUGGCAGUGCAUAAGGAGCAACAUGCACAUUAUAAUACUUUUAUAGAAUAUUCUUUGCCUAAGACUGCCUUGAAACUGGUUUUAUAUAAGUGUUUCAAUUGCACUGUGCAUUACAGUGAACAUACUUUUCUGCCACAUAAAGGAAACUGUGAUUCCAAUACACCAAAUUCAAUGUAUUGUCAUUAUUGCGACAUACUCGUUAACAAAGGUGACAUGGGAUUUCACACAAGACAACAUGAAGAUAGUAAUGUUAAAAGUUCUGCCUUUUCUAUUAUUGAAACAGAAUUGUUAGAUACCGAAGGUUUAAGAUUAAGUACAGAAAGAAAUAAUAUUAAUAAAGACUUGCAUAUGAAAAUCUGUAACACCCAGAAGUGCGAGAUAUGUUCAAUUGGGUUUGCGGAUAAUGCAAACUCAUUACAUAAUAUGGAUUUCCAUAAAAAAUCGAUUGAAAAUAAUACUGUUGAAACGACUGAUCCCAAGUUUACUGACAUAGAUAAAAAUUACCUCAACUACCUUUACAAAUGUAAAAGUUGUCAAAUAUCGGUAACCACAUAUGAUGACGUAAUAAACCAUUGUCAAGAUCAUUAUGAUUUUACACAAACCCAUCUAACUAUUAAUAAAUGUGAGCAGUGUGGACUUGUGUACAUAGGCAAAGAUAGUUGUUGUCCUACAAAUUACAAUGUAAAUGGAAAAAGGGUCAAAGUAAAUAUAAAGAAUUUUACAGUAAUAGAAUUUGACCCUUUUUAUAUGCGUUUCGAUAACGUUUUCUGGACAAGGCAUAUUUUUGCAUACAUUUCAGAUGAACAGAUAGUUAAAAUUCUGGAUAAUUCUAUGUAUAGAUAUGAAUGCAGACUAAAAAUGGAGGAACUGCAACCAGGAUUUUCACACUCUGCUCUGUAUAAAUGUGAUAAAUGCCAGUUCAUCAUUGAACCCCAGUCUUUGUAUACGCACGCAGAAAAUUCCAAGUCCUCAUCGUGUGUGAAUUUAGGAAAAUAUCCUUGUGCCCACUGCGGUUUAUGUUUCAGUUCUUGGAAGCAUAAAGCGGCACAUGUAAAGGAGCAUGAAGAACAUGAUGCAAAUGCUUUAGAUCCGAAACCACUUAGAUUAAUAUUGUUCAACAAAACUGAACACGAAAUAUUUAACCAAACUAUGUUCGAUGCGUUUAAUAAAUAUAUUUUAUACCAGUGUCGAAAAUGUGAAAGAGUGGUUGAUAAAUUUCAACGUAGUGCUCACGAAUGUGACUAUAGCAAAUUAAAAAAGUGUAUGAAUUGUGGCUUACUUUUUCAUUCUCUAGAUUAUAAUUUACAUUUUAUAAGACACGAGGAACUUGAAAAAUUUAAUGUUGACUGCAUAUUUGUUGUUAUGUUUGGACAAGCGAAUGAUUUCGAUUGUAAAAAAAAAAAUCGGUCGACUUUUAACAAAGCCAAGCUAGAUUUGACUCUCUAUAAGUGUAAUAAAUGUGAUCUAUGUUUACAGUCCAGAAACAGUUUAUUACAACAUACUUGUGUUAUUGAUGAAUCUAGAUGUAAAUGUUCUAAAUGUGGUUUGUAUUUCUUAGAAAAUGAUAUUUUACGUCACUGCAAGCUACACGAUACUUACUAUGACGAAUUCAAUACGAAUAUUAUAACUUACGAUGUAUCGAGUAUCAUAAAUGCAAGGACAAAAUCAAACGCAAAAUCUAAAGAAAUAAUAACAGCAGAAAAAGACGACCCUCAGAGACAUGUUGAAAAUGAUUUUGCAGAUAAAAAUGAUUUUAAACUGAAAAAUAUUAUAAAAACUAAAGCUUCCAUCAAAAAUAUGAUUGAUGUAAAAGAAAGUAAAGGAAAUUGUAAAAUUUACAAAUGUGUUUGCGGUUUCCAUUUCUUAGAUAUUGUAAAUGCUCGGAAUCAUGUUAAAAUGUGCAAUGUAAGAAUGAAAAUUUCUAAGCAAAGUUGCUUUAAAUGCAAUUUAUUGUUCACUCCGGGAGAAUUAUUUAAUCAUUUACUUGUACAUCAUUCUGAUAAGAAUUUACAAUAUGAGUAUGAUAUUGUCACUGUGUACGACAGUUAAAUUAAUUGACAGAUAAAAAACAUUUACUCAUUUUGUUGUUCAUACUCUGGAACAUGUUAUCUAUUAUUAAUUUAGCUUCACUUUGUUAGCUAGGAUUCUAUAUUAAGAAUAGAAAUCUUUCCAGAUAAUAAUGUUUUUUAUACUAGGUAUUGUCGAAAACUGCCCUUUCAAUAUUUAUUUGGGUCUCUGUAAUAAUAUACAGGGUGUCCAGUAAAUAGCACGACAUACUGCAGGGGAUGAUAGCUGGGGUCACUACCUAUCAAUACAACACAAUCUUAAUGUUAAUGUUAAUGUUCAACGAAAUCUUACGGAUUUACAGUUUACAAGCAUCUCGUAAUGAACAAAUGCUUUUCUUUACAUCAAAUUAUUCGUGAAUAGUUACUUUACUCAUUAAUAAGUCUUGUUUCUAUCAAAGACAAGAAUGUUUUCAAGAAAUACUAUUUUUUGGUUAAAUUUGAACAGAACUAUUUUCUUAUCACUUAUGUUUAACCUACAGUGGUGAAAAAAAAUGUAUGUGGCAGUUUUGUAUAACAAACUUAAAAACUGGCUUGUUUAAUGGUGAUUUUGGAAAGAUACAAUACUAGUACAUUUUCAUUUAAAAAAAAUACAAAAAUAUGCUAUUUUAGAGAAUGAUUGAUUGACUGAUUUUGUUGAAAAUGUAAUGAACGUAAUUUUGACAAAAACCACUAUGAGAAUAAUUAGUAAUAGCUGCCCAUUUACGCUUGGCAAUCGUUCUGGACUUUUGUGUUUAGUAACAUGGCCAACAGCCGCGUUUUCCCUGGUUAGACGCAGCGAGAGUAUGCUGAGUCUGAGUGGAGCCUGCCUUCCAUGUUUACCAUAAAUCCUACAUGGAAGGCAGACUCCUGGUCAACGUGGCGAUCGACGGCCUAGAGUUGUUGGGACAAGGACAUAGUGCUUCAGGCCUAUACAUUUUUGUUCCACCACUGUAGGUUAAACUUAAGUGAUAAGGAAAUAGUUCUGUGCAAAUUUAACCAAAAAAUAGUAUUUCUUGAAAACAUUAUUGUCUUUGAUAGAAACAAGACUUAUUAAUGAGUAAAGUAACUAUUCACGAAUAAUUUGAUGUAAAGAAAAGCAACAGAAAAGGAUUUGUUCAUUACGAGAUGCUUGUAAACUGUAAAUCCGUAAGAUUUCGUUGAACAUAUAUUGUGUUGUAUUGAUAGGUAGUGACCCCAGCUAUCAUCCCCUGCAGUAUGUCGUGCUGUUUACUGGACACCCUGUAUAUGUUUAUAGUUAAUAUUAUAUUUUUUCGUCAGCAAUAUUCAUGUUUUUAUAAAAUAAAGGAAUACUUAUGCCGAAUAAGAAUGAAAUACAAACCAUAAUGCUUUUGUUAACAUUUAUUAGCGAUUACUUCUGUUAAGUUUAUAGUUUAUUUUAAAGGGAAUUGUGACAGGACAUGAAAAGAUCAAAAUAAAUUUCUAGUUCUAUUGUUUGAUCGUGAUUUUAAUUCGUUGUAUCUCAGUAGUUAUCAGUUAUUAGAAAAAGAGGACCAAUAUGUAUAUUUAAUAUUUUGGUUUAUCUACUUGACAGACAUUAAAAAUUAAUCGAUGUCUCCAUUCAAAGUAACUACCGAACCGACCAGGAUGCAAAAAACAUGUAAGCAAACGUACAUGUUUUGUGCAUUUUGAAAAUGAAAUGUAAUCUGUUAGUUUAUAGAUUUGUUUUAAAUGUUUAAUAGAUUAUUAGAUACUCAUGUUUACCUACUGGUUAUCUAAUUCAAAGAUUUAAUUUUAAGAAAUGUUAUUCUAAAAUUACCGUCCUUCUUACCUCAUUAUAUGCAUUAGGACGGUGCGAAAAAAAAACGAUUCAGAACUGAUCAUAGCUAUUUUAAUGAUUUAACUUAAAAAUCUAACAACAUUUUUGUCA